UUUGCUGUUGUUUACUAGUGGUGUGUGUGUUUCAGAGACUCCUCCACCUGGCUAUCUCAGUGAAGAUGGGGAGACCAGUGAUCACCUGAUGAACCACAGCAUGGACACCAGUUCACCCAACCUGUCACCAAACCCAGUGUCUCCAACACACAGCAAUUUAGACCUACAGCCUGUGAUGUACUGUGAACCAGCCUUCUGGUGUUCUAUCUCCUACUACGAGCUGAACCAGCGGGUGGGCGAGACCUUCCACGCCUCCCAGCCGUCCCUCACUGUGGACGGCUUCACCGACCCCUCCAACUCAGAGCGCUUCUGCCUGGGCCUCCUCUCCAACGUCAACCGUAACGCCGCUGUGGAGCUGACACGCAGACACAUCGGCAGAGGGGUACGUUUGUACUAUAUUGGAGGAGAGGUGUUUGCAGAGUGCCUCAGCGACAGUGCCAUCUUCGUCCAGAGUCCCAACUGUAACCAGCGUUACGGCUGGCACCCCGCCACGGUCUGCAAGAUCCCCCAGGUGAGAGCUGAGAAGGGCUGCAACCUGAAGAUCUUUAACAACCAGGAGUUUGCUGCCCUGCUGGCCCAGUCGGUGAACCAGGGCUUCGAGGCGGUCUACCAGCUCACCAGGAUGUGCACCAUCCGCAUGAGCUUCGUCAAGGGCUGGGGAGCAGAGUACAGGCGACAGACCGUGACCAGCACCCCUUGUUGGAUCGAGCUGCACCUCAACGGUCCCCUGCAGUGGCUGGACAAGGUGCUCAUGCAAAUGGGUUCCCCCAGCAUCCGCUGCUCCAGCGUGUCGUAGGAAUACUCUCCCCACCGUCUCUGUCACAGCACCAGUGAAUUAAACAGACUAGAGACCAUAGACACAUCAACUAAAGGAUCAGAAAGGGUUCGGCAGGCAUUGAGAGAAGGCUUUGUGUCUUUGGAAGAAGAGCCUGUAGGCUGAGAAAGCCUAACCCUCGUCUGUCACAUACUCUCCCCAACCCUCGUCUGAGACAUACUCUCCCCAACCCUCGUCUGAGACAUACUCUCCCCAACCCUCGUCUGAGACAUACUCUCCCCAACCCUCGUCUGUCACAUACU